AUGGAGGCCCUCAGGCGCCAAACUCUGCGGUCACUUCUGCGAUCUUCGGAAUGCAGGCGUCUCCAAGACGUGCCUGCCCAAUCUCGUUCUCUGGCAUCGUCUGCUUCACUCCGGAUCACGCGCUCGCAGACCCCAAAUGCGCCCAAGGUGGACAGCACCGAUGGAGCGGCCCACAAAACAGCCCGCAAGAAGCCCGCUGAAGAACCAACGCCGCUUUCUGACUUCUUGGCCCCCGGCUCCUCGCCAAACGCCAAGCCCGUUCCCUUUAGCACCUCUACGUCUGCAGCCGCGGCACUGGCUGAUCAACAACCGCUCCCCUUUCUCACCAUCCCGCUCGGCGUGCGGAAUCCACCAGUAGAUUUGACGGGUCCACGCGCAUCGAAGCAAAAUGUGGCAUCGGAGAGCGAGGCGACGUUCACAGAGAGACGCAUGCAGAAGAGAAAGAUCAUCGUGAAGGAGGCCACGAGAGGCUAUUUCCAUGACUUCCAUGCCAUCAGGAGCCAUGGAGGCAAGACUUGGAGAAGCCCGGGUACGUUGAUCAGGGAAGAUAGGGCUCUGUACUUCCCAGACAUCAUUGGAACCUGUCUCAAAGACCGAAGCAAGACAUCAACCACGCAGAUGCUAAAGGGCAACGUGUCGAUCCUGUCCAUCUUGACAUCAAAGAUCUCGGAAGAGCACACAAAAAGCUUCUAUCAGCCCACGCUCGACCUCUAUGCUUCCAAUCCAAGCUUCCGUUUCGUGCAGGUCAAUCUGCAAGAAAACACCCUCAAAGCCUACCUGGUAUCUCUCUUCCUCUCCUCCCUCCGUACGGUGAUCCCUCCGGAGUUCCACGCAACGUACCUGAUUUCCAGCCAGAAUCUCGAAGUCGAGCGCGGCGCACUCGGCCUGCACAACAAACACGUUGGGUAUACGUACCUGAUCGAUUCUGAUUGUCGCAUCCGAUGGGCUGGCUGCGGGUUUGCCGAGCAGGCAGAGAAGAAUGCGCUCAUUGCUUGCACAGGCGUGCUACUCGGUCGCUUGGGUGAGACGCCCGCAGGUUCGGGUGCGCAAAGGCGCUUGCGGUGA